ACCCCUCUAUAUAAUAUAAAUAAAAAAAGAGAAUAGUUCCAUGUAAUAUAGGACCUAGACAACUAAUAAUUAACAAAAAAAAAAAAAAAAACAGAUGAAAAUUCAAAAGGAGCUGCAAAUUCUUAGAAGCUGAACAUUGUGCCUCUUUCCUUUAUAUAAACUCUUAAAACCAUCACCAAUUUAUACCAUCUCAUAGUAAUUCUCAGCACGAUAACAUUACAUGAGUGUGAUGAAAAUCAAUUGGAAAUCGAUAUUUCCAAGUUGCUACAAGGAUGAAAAUGGUUACUCUUCACCGAAACCAGCAGCAACAAAAGUGGUUGCUACAAAGACAAAUUCAUUUAACAGAAUAUCUCUGACGGAUCUGAGUUUUCCAAGCGCAACAACGCUUUCAGCAGAAGAUCUUUCAAUUUCUCUAGUAGGUUCUAAUCUCUAUGUUUUCACACUCGCUGAGCUCAAGAUUAUUACUCAGGGUUUCUCUUCAAGUAACUUUCUUGGUGAAGGAGGGUUUGGACCUGUGCAUAAAGGUUUCAUUGAUGAUAAAGUUAGACCUGGACUUGAACCUCAACCUGUUGCUGUUAAGCUCUUAGAUUUGGAUGGUUCUCAGGGUCAUAAAGAAUGGCUGACUGAGGUUGUGUUUUUGGGUCAACUGAGACAUCCACACCUUGUGAAGCUGAUUGGAUAUUGUUGUGAAGAGGAACAUAGGCUUCUGGUUUAUGAGUAUUUACCAAGAGGAAGCUUAGAGAAUCAACUAUUUAGAAGAUAUUCAGCAUCUUUACCAUGGUCAACAAGAAUGAAAAUUGCUGUUGGAGCUGCAAAGGGUCUAGCCUUUUUACAUGAUGCAAAGAAACCAGUCAUCUAUAGAGAUUUCAAAGCAUCAAACAUCUUAUUAGACUCUGAUUAUAAUGCAAAGCUCUCUGAUUUUGGCUUGGCAAAAGAUGGUCCGGAAGGAGAUGACACACAUGUUUCAACUAGAGUUAUGGGCACUCAAGGUUAUGCUGCCCCUGAAUAUAUCAUGACAGGACAUUUGACAGCAAUGAGUGAUGUGUAUAGUUUUGGAGUUGUUUUAUUGGAGAUAUUAACUGGGAGAAGAUCUGUGGAUAAGGUACGUCCGCCAAGAGAACAGAAUCUAGUAGAAUGGGCUAGACCAGUGUUAAACGAUCCACGAAAACUUAGUAGAAUAAUGGAUCCAAGGCUUGAAGGACAGUAUUCAGAGAUGGGGGCAAGAAAAGCAGCUGCAUUAGCCUAUCAAUGCUUAAGUCACAGGCCAAGGAAUAGACCUACAAUGUCUAAUGUGGUUAACACUCUUGAGCCUCUACAAGAUUUUGAUGAUAUUCCAAUUGGACCCUUUGUUUACACGGUUCCAAAUGAUGUUAACAAUGAAGUUCAAAAAGAGUGUGUUAUUGAGACACCAAAAGAGAGAAGAAGGGAAAGUAGUGGGAGUAGUAGUACUACACAUCAUCGACGAAAUCAACAUGUCAACAAUAAUGGUCAUAAGCAUCUUGUUAUUGAUAAUAACAAUAAUAAUGUGGUACAAAAUAAAGAUGGAGAAGAAUAUUAUGACACGCCUAAGGAGAAGAAAAGGGAAAAUAAUCACCAUCAUAGAAGUCAUCAUCAUCGACACAGUGGGCAUAAGCAUCCACUUAAAUCACCAAAGUCAAAAUCACCGAAUAAUGAGGGACACCAAAGUGGGUCACACUCACCAGACACCUCUAUUGCAUCAGAAAGCCAAGGAAAUUAAAGUAUAUAGUUUAGUAUCAUAUACAAUGUUAAAUGUAUAGUGUGACAAUAUACUAGGCUGAGAAGAGAUUGCAAUUGCAAUGGUUCUAGCAUGGUAAGCAUGCUUUUUUUGGUUUUAUUAUUUUAUUAUUAUUCUUCAAUUUGUGGAAGAAGUUGAAGUUGAUUUUUUUGAAUUGUGUAUACAAUGGUGAAUUUGGUUCCUUGAUUAAUUAUUAAUUAAUCAAAACACUAGUUCAAUAAAUGGACAAUUACCAAACAUGAUUUGUUGAACGAAUUUAAACAAAUGUUCAACAAAAACGAGUACAGCUAAGUGGCUUGACCAAACGACACGUUUGUAUAUCCAAACAAAUACCAAUUGCCAAUUUUUUGUAUUA